AUGUCGCGCCCGUUCGAGCGCUUCGACGUCCCGGGCGCGCGCGACGGCGCCGUUUCGAACGAGCGCGGCGUGCGCGCGACGCGAACGAUCCCCGCCGGCGCGCGCAUAAUGACCACGGAGCCUUACGCCGCGGCGCUGCGCGCGGAGAAGCGCGAGAGCCACUGCGCGUGGUCGUUUCAACCGCUGCGCCUCGGCGCGCGCGCGCGCGUCGCGCGCGCGGCGUGCGGCGCGGCGUUCCGAGACGAAGAGAGCCUGAAACUCGCGAACACCGUCGAGGCGUUCGAACGCGCGAGCGCGUGGGUGCGAAAGUCGAGUCGAGGAACGCCGGAGACGUCGGCGCGGUGCGCGCUGCAGUGCCUGGCGCGACGCGCGGGCGAGCGGGACGGGACGUGCGAACGCGCGCGGUACGAACUGUUGGGAGAAGACGCGCGGGGAUUCGAUGGGGUGUGGGCGCUGAGGGAAUCGAGGGGACGCGAUGGGAAGAGCGCGCGGGAAUUGGAGAAGGCGAUGGAAAUCGCGAGCGCGGCGACGGUGGUGGCGGCGCUCGCGGGCGAGGCGAUGGUGAAGGGGGCGACGCCGGAGGAGAUAGAGACGAAAAUGCUCAACCUGAAGGUCGAGUCGGGGGUCGACACGCAGUUUGUGAUCUCGUUGUUGUCGCGAUUUGAAAUUAAUGGGUUCACCAUCGCGGACGACGACAUGCAACGCGUCGGUUUCGGGAUUUAUCCCGAGGCGUCUCUGUUUAAUCACUCGAGCACGCCCAACGCGCAGGUGAUGUUCAAGGGUAAGACGCUCGUGGUGAAGACGUUGAGGGAAAUCGCGGUCGGCGAGGAAAUCACGAUCUCGUACGGCGAGCAGUACAUGCCGCGAGAAUGGACGAGACGCCGGAUGCUCUCGUCGUACGGUUUCGACGCAUAUGCGGCGUACCCCAAGUAUGAAGUCGCGGAAGCGGCGCGGCGACGAGUCUUGGACGCCGCGACGCGAACGCGGCUUCCCAUGCGAUUGGGCGAACUAGUCGAUUUAGGCGAGGACGUGUGCUGGUAUGCGGGCGAACUUCUUCCCGACGAAGAUCUCGCGCGCGACCGGUUUUGGCACCAACUCGACGUCGACGCGUACGGGGACGAGUUUGCAAACUCUGGAAUCAUGCUCAUCAAAGACGAAUCACGCGCACGCAAAACGAGCGAUGAUGACGACGACGAUCACGACGACGGUUGGAACGAAAACAAUGAGAUCAUGAUUUGGGGCAAAUUCCCAGAACAUUGCGACCGCGAGCUCACCGCCAUUAAUUUUGCCAACGCCGCGCGCUCGCUCGAACUUCUCGGCGCGGAUGGCGAAGACGACGACGAGGACGACGAUCGCGAUCCCGUGAUCGCAUUGCAGGGCUAUGAGAAAGUGGCGCGCGCGUUGUUAUCAGGAGACGAUAAAGCAGCCGCAGUGGGAAGAAAUCACGAGAUAUUAAAGCACGUCAAUCUAAAACGGACGUUGAAGUUGACGGAACUCACGGCGCGCGUGAUGCGAGAUUUUGAUGAACGCAAAUCUGCGUGUUUCGUUGCCGUGGUGGAAAGUUCCGUGGGGGCAUUUCGCGCGUGUCAAGCCACUGAAACGGUGUACAAAAUGAGCGCCGGAUUCAGCCCGUUCGAUUCCGUGUACGUCCAUCUUAAAUUUCAAAUGCUCAAGCUCGGCGUCUUGGCGUUGGGGUACCUCGCGCACCUGUGCGAUCAGAGCGGUGCGCGCGCUGACUAUCGCAAGCUCGCUCGUGAGUUGUGCCGACACGCGAUUCUUACCCAUAACGAACUCAAAACUGUCAUGAGUAAAGCGAGCUGCGACGGCAUGGUGAUGCACAACGAGUGGAGUCGAGAUGCUCAAUCACUUUUCGCCGACUUGAGCUUCAUUCGUCAACGCAUCCAACAGUGGGGGAAAUAG